AUGAUUACACCAGAGGACCUGCAGCCAGACCAGCCAGGAGUGCUUAAUGACCCAGGUAGUCUGAAGCGGCUAAAGCAAACACAAACUAACAAGAAGAUGGGUGGCGUGGCGUGCGUGGUGGUGGUGUGGUGCGUGGUGGCGUGGGCGGAGGGCGUGGUGAGUCAGCGAGCGCCCUGUUACCACUGUGAGCUGUACAAGGAGACACACCCUCACUCCAGCCCCUACAAUGCGAUCAGCGCCCACUGUGUAUACCCGUGCGGAUGUGGCACUGUGCCGGUGUGCCGCCCGGGAGUGCCAACGGUGCGGGACGGGUGUGGUUGCUGCUGGCAAUGUGCAGGACAGGCUGGGGAGCUCUGCGACGGUGCCACCAUCUGCGACGUCUCCAAGAACCUCACCUGCAUCUACGACACUACCCAAGAUCUUACUGGCACCUGCCAAGAGGUACAUCCAGCCAAGUGUACCGUCAACAACCGCACCUACGACGACGGUGAGAACUUUACCCUGGACUGUCGCACCCAGUGUACCUGUCAGAACGGGACGUACGCGUGUGUGUCGUUGUGUCCCAGUGAGAACAUCCCGCCCAGUGCCCAGUGCCAUCACCCUCACCUGGUCACGGUGCCUGGCCAGUGUUGCAGGGAGUGGAUGUGUGACACAGCUCCAGGUAAGGUGGUGGGACCCCCGGACUGCGAGAGAGUCUCCGGCAGAUGGUCGCGGUGUUCGCUACAGAAGUGCGGCGCUGGCGUGUCUCUGCGCUGGUCAACGGACAACGCUCGCUGUCAGCUCGUCAACCAGACUCGUCUAUGUCAGCUACGCCCGUGUCAGGACCGACGUCAACAGCAGCUGACCUCGCCUUACCUCCAACCCGGCGCUCACCCCCCCACCAGGAAACACCACAUCAGGCGCGGCCACACCUGCAAGGCGACGCAGAGGCACGUCAAGCCGGUGCGUCUGCGUGCUGGCUGGUGCGUCAGUGAGCGACGCUACAGACCCAAGCUGUGCGGCGCCUGCACGGACCGCUGCUGCACCGUCCACACCUCCACCACCAUCUCCAUCGCCUUCCUGUGUCCACUCCACGCCAACACCAACCUCCUGGCUGCCCCCGACGCCGGCAACCCACAACCACCACGCCCGCGACCACACGCCUACCAGCCCACCACACACGCCCCCAGCGUGUACGACAUGAUGGAUGAAGGACAACCAGUGCUGGAGGCCGUGCUGACUUACCCUCAACGACAACACCGCGCCCACACGCCCUCCCACAACCCCAACCUUGCCUACGACGACAACUUGCUCGACAACAGCCUCCAGUACGACGAAGACGACCUCGACGACCAACUACCAUUUGAACACGAGAACUUGACGGUGGAGGACGACGUCGAGUACGACGACAUUAAGAGCGACAACUACGAGAUAGUUCACUACCAGGUGGAGUGGAUCAUGAGGUGUAAGUGUAACCCCACCUGUGACACCUACGACCCCGCCCACCUCUCCCCGCCGCCGCCCUCAGCCACACACACCCCCACGUAACAACAAGGUGUGGUGGAGCCCUGGUCGACGACACCAGUGUGUGGGAGCGAGACAGUAUCUUGUGCCUGAUGUGGUUUAUCACCUGUAUCUCUCAGGUGUAUUCCACUCACGACUGCUUAGUUAAACCAAUACAUGUGAAGAGUGAUCAGUAUAUUGUACAUAUAUAUUGUGCGAGAGUGUGUUUGGAAGCGUUAUUUUUUUGGUUAUAGUGUGUGUGUAUGCGUGUAUACUGUCAAGAACUGCGUCAUUUAAAGAAUAUAUUUAGACAUAUAGAGAGAGAGAGAUGAUACCUGUGCGUCACCCAUGAGUCACCAAGUGCAAUUGUUGUGAUGUAAACACUCACCUGAAGCUUUCCUCUGUAUGGCGGCCGCUCAUUGGCCACAAGAAGAAUUAUGAAACAUGUUGUGCUAAGGUAUGUCAAUAUAAUAUGUAUCUAAUAAUGCUAAAUAAUAUUACACUUUAUAUUUUGUAUUCAUAAUAGUGUGAUAGUAAAAAAUAUGGAGUGUUGGACGAAAUAGAACAAUCAGUUAAUGUGAUCUAUGACAACUGGGUGUGAACAG